AUGUCUUCGGCGGUUAUGGGAGCCUUGCCAAAAACCUGCGAAAUUAUAGAGUUAGGAGAGAGUUAUGGUUCUUGUGAAUCAAAAGUACCUGGAGAUUCUACGAAUCAAUACGCAGGGAGGGCUUGGAAGAAGCAUAGCAUUGAGGAUGACAUUAACAAGCUUUUUGAGGCGAUAGAUAUAGGGAGUUCACGUCAAGGAGAUCGGUAUUGUAGAGGUACCUUAAGCAAGAGUGCGAUGAAAAGACCGAUGAGGGUUGGCCGUGCACAAGUCUCAGGGAUUGGGAUCUCGGAAGCAGUUAGUUUGAAACAAGCACUGAGAGGUUUGUGCAUCUCUCAGGCAUCGGAGAUGGCUGCAGUGAAGAAACGAAUGUCGAGACCUUUAGGUUCACCUGCAAUAUCUGAAACAGGGGCUAGCAAGAAGCUGUAUAGGUCUGUAGUAAUCAAGGCCGGUGAAGCUGGACAGCCUAGAGACGAAGGCGAAAGAAAUUUGAUGGAGAUAUCCUUAGUUCCCGAAAGGAGCUCCUCAAAUGUUUCAGAUAUGGCCUCUGAUUGCGGGGUGGCGUCGAAAGACACGGCAACUGAACUUGUGGAGUUUGAUGAGAUAGCUCCUGCUCCAGAUGAGAAAUCAGUUAUUACACAUGCAAAACAGAAAAACCCGAAUAAGCUAACGAGAAGUUCAAGUGGAGGGUUAGGUUCAUGGGAGCAAAAUUUAAGAACCUGGAAGCUGAAAAGCACUACUGUGACAAAAAUUCAGGGCCAGCAAAAUGUAGGUGCUAGGGAUGAAGAAGAUUGUCAACCUAGUGUGAUAGCGCAUCGAAUACCUGACCUCGACCCGGAAACGGGAUGUAAUGAGUUGGAGAAGGCGUCUAGUUCAGCUACUCCAGCCCCCAGUACAAAUAAGCAUGCUCUUGUUCCACAUAUAUCUGGAAAAAGGAAAACUGUAGUGACAAAAGCCAAUGAAAGAUCUCGAUCAAGGGAAAAGGGGGAGAUCUCGCAGAGCUCAAAAAGUAGCAUUGGGGAGUAUAGUAGCAGUACAACAAGCUAUAGUGAAGAAAGCUACCUAAGUGGGUUGAGCCGUAGUGGUUAUCGCCCACACAUGUCGAAGGAUUUGAGAUGGGAAGCUAUAUGGCGUGUUCAGAAGCAGCAUGGCAGUUUGGGCUUACGACACUUCAGGUUGUUGCAGAAGAUAGGUGAUGGAGACAUUGCCACAGUUUACCUGUCCGAGCUGAAUGGCACAGGCUGUUUGUUUGCUGUGAAAAUCAUGGACAAUGAAUGUUUACUUAGUCGAAAGAAAUUGAUGAGGGCAGAAACUGAGAAGGAGAUACUCGAAAUUCUGGAUCAUCCCUUCCUUCCCACACUUUACGCCCAUUUUUCCACCGGCAAGUUCUCUUGUUUGGUAAUGGAACAUUGUCCUGGUGGUGAUCUCCACUUGCUUCGACAAAAGCAGCCAACCAAGUGUUUCCCUGACAAAGCAGCCAGAUUUUAUGUUGCUGAAGUUCUUCUUGCGCUUGAAUACCUUCACAUGCUUGGGGUGGUGUAUCGAGACUUGAAGCCUGAGAACGUUUUGGUAAGGGAAGAUGGCCACAUUAUGCUCUCAGAUUUCGAUUUGUCCCUCAGAUGUUCAGUAAAGCCUGUGCUUCUCGAGACACCCUCCCCUGUUUCUGAGCCGCCAAAGAGGGCCUCUAGUCCAUGCUCGGCUUCUAGCUGCAUAGAUCCUCUCUGCCUUCAACCAUCAUGGCAACUUUCCUGCUUCACAACCAGGUUCUUGUCUGCAGCAGCCAAAACAGGUAAGCUUAAGUCUGAACUCCCAAUUCAGGUUAUUCCACUGCCACAGCUUGUAGUUGAGCCUACAGGUGUUCGAUCCAACUCCUUUGUCGGCACACAUGAGUACCUUGCUCCCGAGAUCAUCAGAGGAGAAGGUCAUGGUAGUGCUGUUGAUUGGUGGACAUUUGGAAUCUUCCUAUACGAGCUUUUAUAUGGUAAGACACCCUUCAAAGGAUCAAACAACGAGGAAACUGUAUCCAAUGUGGUGUCCCAGUGCCUUAACUUUCCUCAAUGCCCAAUUGUUAGUUCUCAUGCUCGGGAUUUGAUCAGAAGGUUGUUGAAGAAAGAGCCCGAAAAUAGGCUUGGAUCAUCAAAGGGAGCUGCUGAGAUCAAGCAACACCCUUUCUUCGAUGGCCUGAACUGGGCUUUGAUAAGAUGUGAGACACCUCCUGAAGUGCCCAGGUCGUUUGAUUUGGGAAAUGUUAUACCUGACACAAAUUUUCAAAACAAAUCAAUCAAGUUUCCCCUAGAAUAUGAACACACAUCAGAUGAUGUUGAAUUUGAGAUGUUCUAGCAAAAUCAUGUGGAACACAAGUAGGCUCGUUAGUAUCUGCCUCCUACCUAACUUGCCUUUUCUUGUAAGUGAUAUCUAUCUAUCUAUAUACAUACAUACAUAGGAUAGCGUAAAUGUGUAUUAAAAGCACAUAGGAAAUGUCACAAUGAGAAUGUUAUCAAGGAAUAUAUCGUUGGGACCAUGGAUAGAAAGCAAGAUUGUACCUUAGCUACGCAGCUUCUAAUAUGAA